AUGACAAAGGCAAGGAAGGUGCCCGCUACGUAUGCGCGCUUCGAGAGUCCACCGCUGGAGCCUGCGGACGAGCUGCAUCUCAUUCAGACGGCCUUGCAGUCACUCACAGAACUCGUCCGCAGCUCCCGCCUCGAAGGAGGCCCGAUCUUGUGGUCGCUCGACUCGGACGCGGACUGGCCACCGCCCCAUGUCAGCAUUACGCUAUGCGGCGUCAUGGAUCUUCAAGGCACGCUUGCCGAAGCUGCAUCGCUUUUUGACCUUGACUCGACCGAUGCCGUCCGUCAGUAUCGUUCGCGCUUCUCCAAGGAUAUUGCCGACUACGCGUCAUUGUAUACACUAGCGCCGCGUACUCCAGAGCACCCGCGCAACUAUAUCGGCGUCAAGUGGCUGGCGCUCAACAUGCCGAGCCCGAUAGUAAAGGACCGGGACUAUUGUCUCCUUGAGUGCCAAGACGAUUUUACGUUCAACGGUGUUCGCGGCUGGGCGCGCAGCUUUAACUCCAUCGAACUGCCCUCUUGCCCUCUCUUCCCCGGCCUCGUGCGCGCAACCUUGUUUCGCGCAGGAUAUGUCUUCAUCGAGAGUACGAUGCCGGGCCUCAUGAAGUGCGUCCAUGUCAUUCAAACGGAUCUCGCUGGCGCGCUCCCGACGUGGCUUGUGCGCACCGCCAUGAAGCGCCGCGUGAGAAACAUCGUCGAGAUCGACACGCUUCUCCGGCAACUCCGACUCUCCUUCUCUGCAAGCCUCACCGACGACCAGCUCGUGCCGCUUUCGAUGCGCCGCAGCUGCUUCCUCUGCAGCACAAAGUUCUCUCCGUUGGUCGCCAAGCAGCAGUGCGGAAAGUGCGGCCAAGUCGUUUGCAAGCACUGCAGCAAGCUCUGGGAGCUGCGUGGCACAUGCGUCCGCGUGUGUCACAAGUGUGCGGCCGGCGCUGGGAUCGACUUGCCGCCAGUGCCCAUGCCCACAGUCGACAACGAGGCCCCCUUCCAGAUCUACACUUGCGACGACGCAAAGCAGCGGCACCGCCGACCAUUGCCGAGAGCGUUCUCGACCCAGGUGCACGACGCGGCCUCGCGGCCACUGCCAGAGCGUCAGCUAUCGUGGCCCGACGACCGGCCGGCGCCAGACCCGUUUCAACACCGCGACAUACCAGUGGGUCGCGGGAGCAUGCAAGUCCUCGCGUGGGUCGCUCUCUUGGCCAUUGGCGCCGACGCUGCAAAGCGGGCGCCAUCGAACCCGAUCUGGAAAGAGGUCCUCGCGCUGCCCGACAUCACCUCCAUCGAAACAACACUCACGACCGACGGCACGUACCUCGAAGUUCGCUACGACGGCGCGAAAGAGACGCUCAAAACCAUCUCCCGCGUCACGAGCCUUUGCCUCACGGGCGUGUCGCUGCCCGACGGCCUCAAAAAAUUCUCGCUCAGCCGCGUGAACCUCAAGACGAUCCCAAAGGGCUUCACGUGGCCGGCGUCGCUCACCCAUCUAGAUCUCUCGUCCAACAAGCUGACGUCGUACCCUGCAACGACUCCGCUCCCCGACGGCCUCGGCUUCUUUAGUCUGAGCAACAACAAGAUCAAGUCGCUCAACGACUACUUUACAUGGCCCAGCAACCUCACCGAACUGAAUCUCGCGUCCAACCAGUUCAGCACUGUCGUCAAGCUCCCGUCCACGCUCACAAAGCUUGACCUCUCGGGAAACCCACUCAAGACGAUCCAAGCCCAGCAGCAGUGGCCCGAAAGCCUCACCGAACUGGCACUCACCAACACGCAACUGUCAGUGCUGCCUGCAAACCUGCCGUCCAACCUGAACAUUAUACACCUCGCUUCCAACAAGAUCGCCAAGUUUCCUUCCAAGGACGACUUGCCCGACUCGAUCCACUACAUUGGCUUGACGCACAACAAGAUUGCGACACUGCCGUCCAAGAUCGAGUGGCCCAAUCUUUUCACACUAGAGCUCGACAGCAACGCGAUUACAUUCAUCCCGGACGACUUUAGCCUCCCGACGUCCAUGGGCAUCCUUGCGCUCGACGCAAACAAGCUUGCCAAGCUUCCAGCGAGCUGCGACUGGAUGGCCAAGCUGUCCUCGAUCACGCUGCGGGACAACGCAAUCAGUGCGUUUCCGCCGACGUGCACGCUGCCGAAUGCAAUUUCGCUCCAGAACAACAACAUUACGGCUCUCGAAGACAUGGCGCUUCCCCAGCAAAUGGACGUCUCCAACAACCCAAUCUCCAAGAUCAACCGCGUGACGUUCCCGGAAGGUGUCUUUUGGACGACAAGCAAGUUUGAGCUCAAGGAAUUUUCGCUUUCGUCUGCCAUGUUUGAUCUCCUCUCGGCUGCGACGGACCACACGUACUUUUACCCGCAGUUCACGACGGACGAUGCUAGCGUCAAGACGGCGUGUGGCUACGGCACCGUCAAGAAGCUCCACGACUUUCCUAUUUCGAUUUGUGUCGUCUAGAGAAUAAAGCCUCUAUCUAAUUGAUUUUCAUGCGG